GGCUGCACCCGGAAAGCGUCUGUCGGCCGCUGGGCUCGGAGCAUGAUCCCCGCGGGCGGGCGCCGCGCGCUCUGAUCGUCGGGGACCCCCCGCCCCGCGCCAUGGACCCCGGGGGUCGGCGGGGGGCGUCGGCCGCGCCGCCGCCGCCGCCGCUGCUGUUCCUGCUGCUGCUGCUGACCGGGGCCGCGCUGUUGGCGGGCGCCGCGGGCCACCUGUACCCCGGAGAGGUGUGUCCGGGCAUGGAUAUUCGGAAUAACCUCACUAGGUUGCAUGAGUUGGAGAAUUGCUCAGUCAUCGAAGGCCAUUUGCAGAUUCUUCUGAUGUUCAAAACGAGGCCCGAAGAUUUCCGUUACCUCAGUUUCCCCAAACUCAUCAUGAUCACUGAUUACUUGCUGCUCUUCCGGGUGUAUGGGCUGGAGAGUCUGAAAGAUCUGUUUCCCAAUCUCACGGUCAUCCGGGGCUCCCGUCUCUUCUUCAAUUACGCCCUGGUGAUCUUCGAGAUGGUUCAUCUCAAGGAACUCGGCCUGUACAACCUGAUGAACAUCACCCGGGGCUCUGUCCGCAUCGAGAAGAACAAUGAGCUCUGCUACUUGGCCACCAUCGACUGGUCCCGAAUCCUGGACUCUGUGGAGGACAAUUAUAUUGUCCUGAACAAGGAUGACAAGGAAGAGUGUGGUGACAUUUGUCCUGGCACUGGGAAGGGCAAAGCCAACUGCCCUGCCACCGUCAUCAAUGGGCAUUUUGUUGAGCGAUGCUGGACUCACAGCCAUUGCCAGAAAGUGUGCCCGACCAUCUGCAAGUCGCACGGCUGCACGGCUGACGGCCUGUGCUGUCACAGCGAGUGUCUGGGGAACUGCUCAGCGCCCGAUGACCCCACCAAGUGCGUGGCCUGCCGCAACUUCUACCUGGAAGGCCGCUGCGUGCCCACCUGCCCGCCGCCCUACUACCACUUCCAAGAUUGGCGCUGUGUCAACUUCAGCUUCUGCCUGGACCUGCAUAACAAGUGCAAGAACUCGCGGAGGCAGGGCUGUCACCAGUACGUCAUCCACGACAACAAGUGCAUCCCCGAGUGCCCCUCCGGGUACACGAUGAACUCCACCAACUUGAUGUGUACCCCAUGCCUGGGGCCUUGUCCCAAGAUCUGUCACCUCCUGGAAGGCGAGAAGACAAUUGACUCAGUGACCUCAGCCCAGGAGCUCCGAGGCUGUACGGUGGUUAACGGCAGCCUGAUCAUCAAUAUCCGAGGAGGCAACAACCUAGCGGCUGAACUAGAGGCCAAUCUUGGCCUCAUUGAGGAAAUAUCUGGGUACCUAAAAAUCCGACGCUCCUACGCUCUGGUUUCUCUUUCCUUCUUCCGGAAGCUGCGUCUGAUUCGAGGGGAGACCUUGGAAGUGGGGAAUUACUCUUUCUAUGCUCUGGACAACCAGAACCUAAGGCAACUCUGGGACUGGAGCAAGCACAACCUCACCAUCAUCAAUGGGAAACUCUUCUUCCACUAUAAUCCCAAACUUUGCUUGUCCGAAAUCCACAAGAUGGAAGAAGUUUCUGGAACCAAGGGACGCCAGGAGAGAAAUGACAUUGCCCUAAAGACCAAUGGAGACCAGGCCUCCUGUGAAAACGAAUUACUUAAGUUUUCCUUCAUCCGCACAUCAUAUGACAAGAUUAUGCUGAAAUGGGAGCCCUACUGGCCCCCCGAUUUCCGAGACCUCUUGGGGUUCAUGCUCUUCUACAAAGAGGCUCCUUACCAGAACGUGACGGAGUUUGAUGGACAGGAUGCCUGUGGCUCCAACAGCUGGACCGUGGUGGACAUUGACCCACCCCAAAGAUCCAACGACGCCAAGUCCCAGAAGCACCCUGGCUGGCUGAUGCGGGGCCUCAAACCCUGGACCCAGUACGCCAUCUUUGUCAAAACUCUGGUCACCUUUUCUGACGAACGCCGAACCUAUGGGGCCAAGAGCGACAUCAUCUAUGUACAGACAGAUGCCACCAAUCCUUCCGUCCCUCUGGACCCCAUCUCCGUUUCCAAUUCCUCAUCCCAGAUCAUCUUGAAGUGGAAGCCCCCUUCAGACCCGAACGGCAACAUCACACACUAUCUAGUGUAUUGGCAGAGGCAGGCAGAAGACAGUGAGCUCUUCGAGUUGGACUAUUGCCUCAAAGGGUUGAAGCUACCUUCCAGGAUGUGGUCCCCACCGUUUGAGUCCAAGGAUUCUCAGAAGAACAAUCAGAGCGAGUAUGACGACUCUGCCAGCGAGUGCUGCUCCUGCCCCAAGACUGACUCUCAGAUCCUGAAAGAGCUGGAGGAGUCCUCGUUCCGGAAGACGUUCGAGGAUUACCUGCACAACGUGGUAUUCGUCCCCAGAAAAGCCUCUUCAGGCAAUGGUGUAGAAGAUUCUAGGCCAUCCAGGAAGCGCAGGUCUCUCGGGGACGUGGUGAAUGUGACCAUGAUGCCGCCUGUCAUCCCGAUUUUCCCCAACGUCUCCUCCACCGUGGUGCCCACCACCCAGGAGCCACCCCGGCCCGUCGAGAAAGUUGUGAACAAGGAGUCGCUGGUCAUCUCUGGCCUGCGUCACUUCACCGGCUACCGCAUCGAGUUGCAGGCCUGCAACCAAGACGCCCCGGAGGAGAGGUGCAGCGUGGCCGCCUAUGUCAGCGCCCGGACCAUGCCCGAAGCCAAGGCGGAUGACAUCGUCGGCCCCGUGACCCACGAAAUCUUCGAGAACAACGUUGUGCACUUGACCUGGCAGGAGCCCAAGGAGCCCAACGGCCUGAUCGUGCUGUAUGAAGUCAGCUACCGGCGGUACGGCGAUGAGGAGCUUCACCUCUGCGUCUCCCGAAAGCAUUUUGCCCUGGAGCAGGGAUGCCGGCUGCGAGGGCUGCCCCCUGGCAACUACAGUGUGCGCAUCCGGGCCACCUCAUUGGCCGGCAACGGCUCCUGGACCGAACCUACUUAUUUCUACGUGACAGAUUAUUUAGACGUCCCAUCCAACCUUGCGAAAAUCAUCAUCGGCCCGCUCAUCUUCGUCUUCCUCUUCAGCGGUGUGAUCGGAAGCAUUUACCUGUUCCUCAGAAAGAGGCAGCCGGAUGGGCCAAUGGGACCACUAUAUGCUUCUUCAAAUCCUGAGUAUCUCAGUGCCAGUGAUGUUUUUCCAUGUUCUGUGUACGUGCCGGACGAGUGGGAAGUGCCCCGGGACAAGAUCACCCUCCUUCGGGAGCUGGGCCAGGGCUCCUUCGGUAUGGUGUACGAGGGCAAUGCCAAGGACAUCAUCAAGGGCGAGGCGGAGACCCGUGUGGCGGUGAAGACGGUCAAUGAGGCGGCCAGUCUGCGGGAGCGCAUUGAGUUCCUCAACGAGGCUUCGGUCAUGAAGGGCUUCACCUGUCACCACGUGGUCCGCCUCCUGGGCGUGGUGUCCAAGGGCCAGCCCACACUGGUGGUGAUGGAACUGAUGGCUCAAGGAGACCUGAAGAGCUACCUCCGAUCUCUGAGGCCAGACUCCGAGAAUAACCCGGGUCGCCCACCCCCUACGCUGCAAGAGAUGAUUCAGAUGGCAGGAGAGAUUGCUGACGGCAUGGCCUACCUGAAUGCCAAGAAGUUUGUGCACCGAGACCUGGCUGCACGAAACUGCAUGGUUGCCCACGAUUUUACUGUCAAAAUUGGAGACUUUGGAAUGACCAGAGACAUCUACGAAAUGGAUUACUACCGGAAGGGGGGCAAGGGCCUGCUACCUGUGCGGUGGAUGGCACCCGAAUCCCUGAAGGAUGGGGUCUUCACUGCUUCCUCAGAUAUGUGGUCCUUUGGUGUGGUCCUCUGGGAAAUCACCAGUUUAGCCGAACAGCCUUACCAAGGCCUGUCUAAUGAACAGGUGUUGAAAUUCGUCAUGGAUGGAGGGUACUUAGAUCAGCCUGACAAUUGUCCGGAGAGAGUCACCAAUUUGAUGCACAUGUGUUGGCAAUUCAACCCCAAAAUGCGCCCCACCUUCCUGGAGAUCGUCAACCUGCUCAAGGAUGACCUGCACCCUAGCUUUCCAGAAGUUUCCUUUUUCCACAGCGAGGAGAACAAGGGGCCGGAGAAUGAGGAGCUGGAGAUGGAGUUUGAGGGGGAUAUGGAAAAUGUACCCUUGGAUCGGUCCUCACACUGUCAGAGGGAAGAGGCAGGGGGCCGGGAGGGCGGAGUGUCCUCGCUAGGGUUGAAGCGGAGUUAUGAAGAGCACAUCCCUUACACCCACAUGAAUGGAGGCAAGAAGAAUGGGAGGAUUCUGACUCUUCCCAGAUCAAAUCCUUCCUAACGAACAGUGCCCAAGGGGCAGGGAAUAUGGGGGGGGCAGGGGUGCCCAUUUGCCAUGACCUCUGGGUUUGACGCCUCCAGAAACCUCAGGAUUCUCCUCACUCUGCCCCCUGUGACACAGGGCUCAGAGAUCGCUGGGACACGUUUUCUAUUCCUCUUUUUGAUCGUUGCCUGGGUGGGGGGGAGGGAGGGGAAGCGAACUCUGAGCCCAGAGACAGUGGGGGGAGGGGGGCGGUUCCCACAGCUGCUGCCCUUUUUUGGCCUCCACAAUUUCAAACCAGGAUUCUCUUCUUCAUCUUCCUUUCUUUGUUGUGAUGAAAAGAAAACAUCUAUUUUUUUUUGUUUUUGUUUUUUACAUUUUUUUCCUCUUCCUUCUAAGCUGGUGUCUGAGCUUACACUGUAAGAGAGAAACUGUUUGUGAGACAGAUGUUUGAAAGCAAAGCAAAGCAAAAAAAAAAAGAGAAAAACCAACAGCAACAACAACCCUGUUCUAGGAGAAUUCCUAAGUUUGCAGGGUGGGGCCUUUGAGAAGGAUUUAAUUUUAUUAUUAUUAAUAUUAUUAUUAUUAUUUUUGUGUCUUGUUCACAAAAUCAAGUUCCUCAAGUUGACCAAUAGCUGCUGCUCUUUUGCUCUUUUCUUACUUUUGACAGGAGGACACUGGCACGUGGGUACAGCCACGUGUGCAUGUGUGCAUGUGUCUUCAUCCACACGUGCGUCUGUUGCCUCUGGGCAUGCUCAGAAGAGUUUCAAACUGGGUGGCCUGGCCUUUGGAAAUGAGGUUUUCAGGAAGGGUUGUGCCUUUGCUAGUUCCAAGCUGGUGUCCAUCAUUUCCUCUUUCUUAUUCUUUACUGGGACAGUGUGACCUCUACACUUCCUUCUGGAAGUCUUGCCACAGGUGUCUUCUCUCCCCUGGGGUGAUAAGAAAAAAAGAGUUCCGAAGGAAAUGAAGACCAAAUCAAGUCAGGACAAGAACAACAACAAAAUUAAUCAUCAAAAGAGGAAAAUGAAGAAGGAAAAGAAAAAAUAGAAAGACUGAGAUGACAAAGAGGGUUGCGAAUUUUUAUUUUCUUUUGGUAACCUCUGUAAGUUUUGAAGCAAUCUCCCCACACUUCUCCUCCCUAAGUUAUUAUUAGGAUUACUUUUCUCCAGAGGGGGAGGGGAGGGGUGGGUGGGACUGGUCUGUGUGGGGAGAGGGAACAAGGUGUGGCCCCUAUGGACUGUGAAAGGCACCUGUUGACUGGGAAUCAAGCCACAGUUCGCUGCUAACCCUUCCGUGGACAUUGUGAGGUCCCAGUGUUGGAAUGUGGGCAGCUGGAUUUUUUUUUUUAAUGGUUUGAAUAUCAAGAUUUGUGCUGCCAAGUUUUCUGCUUGGAUAAUAAACUGGUGGUGGUUGGUGAGCUGGAGCUGAGCCAUUCCUGGAGAACACCUUGUGUUCAUCUUCUGGAUGGACCUGGAGAACACUAAGCAAUAUAAAAGGGUACACCACCCCAUCCCCCCCCAAAACAACAAUAGCUGGAUGGAAUUGCUCUGUACUCGGGGGUAGCCAUCAUCCCCUGGGCCAGGUGUGGAGAGCCUGAGGGUCAUUUCUUAGGUGCUUCUUGUGUCAUCCCCAUAAGACUUAAGUCAGGAGGAGAAACAAUCCAAUGGCCUUUAUUAUUAUUAUUAUUAUUAUUAUUAUUUGCCAUUGAGGACUUUAUGGAUAGGUGUGAAUCCAUAGGUAUCUCCUCUUGGCAGGAAAAAAAAAAUCACCGCAGCUGCUCAAGUCCCGAAGGCGGUGAACUCACCAUCUGGGGUUCAUCUAAAUCGUCGCCUAUGGUUUUUAACCGGAGUGAGUGCAUUGUCUCACAAGCUUGUGCAUCUUGAUUGUAUCCUUCUCCUCUUCCCCUCUGUUAAGACCUGUGGAUGGAGAGACAAUGACAAAAUCCGAGCCCCUCUCUCCAGUCUUCACCAAGAACACAGAAGAAUCUUCCAGAGUGUUUUUCAGCAUCCUAAUUUACACCAGAUUGAUGAGAUGCUCAAGGUCAGCCCUUGUCCUUUGGGGGCACACAGAAGUGUGAUAGAGUUAACUAAAGGCAAA